AUGGAUAUUUGGAAAAUAUAUGCUUUAGGAAGAUAUAAAGAAGAUAAAGAAUAUAAUGCAUUACAAGAACAAUUGUUAGAAGAACAUGAAGCUAUAAUAAAUGAAAAUAAUAUAUUAUUAAAUGGAUUAUCACUACUUGAAGUAUUUACAAAAAAUUCAGAUAAA